CACAUAAGGACUGCUCAGCUCGCUUUCUAUUUUGUGUUUCUCCCUCCUCCUCCCCCACUCUCUUCAUCUUCCCGCAUCUGUCUAUCGCGGUCUCUGUUCAAUUGCAGCAGCUCAGCUCGUAAAUUUUGAUGCCAUAUGGCUCCUAUGAAGGGCAUCCUGUCUCUACAAAAGACUGCUUUGUUUCAGCGCUCCAGUGAGAAUUUUGGCCUCGUGCGUAGAUUACUUAGCACACAGGCUGCUACACCUUCUGCCACCCCACAGCCUCCGCCCCCUCCGCCACCUCCAGAGAAGACCCACUUUGGCGGCCUGAAAGAUGAGGACCGUAUCUUCACUAAUGUAUAUGGUUUGCAUGAUCCUUUCCUGAAAGGUGCAAUGAAACGUGGAGACUGGUACAGGACAAAAGAUCUAGUUGUCAAAGGAGCUGAUUGGAUUGUCAAUGAAAUGAAGAAAUCGGGACUUCGAGGCCGUGGUGGUGCUGGUUUUCCCUCUGGACUUAAAUGGUCCUUUAUGCCAAAGGCAUCUGAUGGCCGCCCUUCCUAUCUUGUUGUUAAUGCUGAUGAAAGUGAACCUGGAACAUGUAAAGAUAGAGAAAUUAUGCGACAUGAUCCCCAUAAACUGCUAGAAGGUUGUCUUAUAGCGGGAGUUGGGAUGAGGGCUAGAGCUGCAUAUAUUUAUAUUCGUGGUGAGUAUGUGAAUGAAAGACUGAAUCUCGAGAAGGCCAGGAAAGAAGCUUAUGCAGCUGGAUUGUUGGGAAAGAAUGCAUGUGGAUCAGGUUAUGAUUUUGAUGUGCAUAUCCACUUUGGUGCUGGUGCUUAUAUAUGUGGCGAAGAGACAGCUCUAUUAGAGAGCCUUGAGGGUAAGCAAGGAAAGCCCAGGUUGAAGCCUCCUUUUCCAGCCAAUGCUGGGCUAUAUGGUUGCCCCACAACUGUUACGAACGUUGAAACAGUGGCUGUUUCACCCACCAUUUUGAGGCGGGGCCCGGAAUGGUUUGCUAGUUUUGGCAGGAAAAACAAUUCUGGAACAAAACUUUUCUGCAUAUCAGGGCAUGUAAAUAAACCUUGUACUGUUGAAGAGGAGAUGAGUAUUCCAUUGAAAGAGCUUAUAGAGAGACACUGUGGUGGUGUUCGUGGUGGAUGGGACAAUUUACUUGCUGUUAUUCCCGGCGGUUCAUCUGUUCCACUGAUUCCCAAGCACUUAUGUGAGGAUGUGCUCAUGGAUUUCGAUGCUCUUAAAGCCGUCCAGUCAGGGUUGGGAACUGCUGCUGUCAUUGUGAUGGAUAAGUCCACUGAUGUUGUUGAUGCCAUUGCUAGGCUCUCUUACUUUUAUAAGCAUGAGAGUUGCGGCCAGUGUACACCUUGCAGAGAAGGUACUGGAUGGCUCUGGAUGAUUAUGGAGAGAAUGAAAGUAGGAAACGCAAAGCUAGAGGAGAUUGACAUGCUCCAGGAAGUGACCAAGCAGAUUGAAGGGCACACCAUUUGUGCAUUGGGAGAUGCUGCUGCUUGGCCAGUUCAGGGACUUAUUAGGCACUUUAGGCCAGAAAUGGAGAGGAGGAUCAGGGAGAGGGCGGACAGAGAGUUACGACAGGCUGCUGCUGCUUGAUCCUACUAUGCAGGGAUCACAUUUACUGUUAGAUUACAUCGAAUAAGCUCUUAGAAGUGGAGAGAUUUCAGAAUUUGAUCCGUUCUUCCAGCCACAUGUGCAACUUUGAUUUGCAUUAAAAUUAUACUUUUAUAUGUUCCAAGUUCUUCAUUCAGCUAAGCAUGUGAGCUGAAGUUUCAUUCUAUCUGGAUUUUUAUUGCUUGAAGAACCUUUCAAACAGUUUGUCCGUGUGUAAUUCUGGCAAUAAUUUUUGAAGGAUGUUCAUGUCUUUAUACCGAAAACUAUUGAUUGCUCAUAUCUCACGGACAUAAUGUUUAAUUUGAUUCCUGUUGAUGACUA